AUGUUCACCCUAAGUCCAAAUCUCUCGAAUUACUUUGACAUUGAGUCCAAGCUCAUUAGCCUUGGUCACCUUGCUGGUCAACUUGGCGGAUUUGUUGGUCAAAGUGAGAGUGUUAAGAAAGCCGUUGAGAAUGCUAUUAUCGCUAAAAUUAACAGUCAUGAUGACCUAAAAAAGCUUUACUCUCCUUAUGUUACUAAGCUUUCUGAGUCUGUCAAGUCUGUUGACCAGGCUGUUGACACCGUGAAAAUUAGUGAGCUUAGUAAGUUAGUUACUCCAGAAAUUCAGCGUCUUGAAGAUCAACUUAAACAGCCUAAUAACCAUCUUAAUAAUCUUCCUUCUUCCCCCACUCCCUCUGCUGACCCAGACAAAUUGCAGUCCAAGUUGGACGCUUUGAAGGAAGUGGAGAAGCUUUGUGAAUUUUUGACUAAUCGUAAUAAUGCGUCAAAUGAUCCUAAAAAGCUGUUAGAUAAUCUAUGUUCCGGCAUCGAAACCUUCCUCGGCUUCGACUCUGACACUAAAGGCUACACUGGCCAGGGGAUUGUGUACUCUGACCUUGACAGGAUGUGUGACGGGGUGAUGGGAUUUUUGAGUGGUGUGCUUGGUGCGGUGAAAAACGAAAAUGAAGUCACAACUUAUGAUAAUUACAUCACUGAAGACAAUAAAAAGCUUAAUGAAGUACUAAAACUUGUAGAUAGUAAAAUUGGCUCCGGGCGUGCUGGGCUUGUGGAAGCUGUCGGCGCGGUGAAGAGGUGGUUGGAGGGGUAUGGGAAUAAGUUAGAUGAAAAAAACAGUGAAGUGAUAACGGCGCUAGUGAAAUUAAAUGACACUUCUAUCAUCGAUAAAAGUAGCAAAAUCAACUCCUCGAACGAACUUAAUGUACAGCUGACGGCUUGGACCACUGCAAUUAACAGCCUUAAGCAAGAGGUCAGAAAAAUCGAAACAGAAAGAAUCAAUUUGUUAGAUACUAAGUUAAGUAAUAAAAUGAAUGGUGAAAUGACACCAAUAAAAAAGGUUUUAGAGCACUUACGUGAGUCGUCAAAUAACAAAAAAUUCGUGAGUCAGGUGAAAGCAGUGGACGAUGAGUUGGGAAAACAGCAGACUGAAUUAGUACAGCAGAUAGACUUGAAAUCACAUAAACUUCGCGAUACAUUGCAUAACGAAUUCGAAAAAAUAAAUUCUACUGUCGAAAGUCUGAUACGGAGUAAAGCAGAAAAAGUGUCAACCAUCCGAGCCGCGAUUGACAUGUCCAGGGACGCAGUAGAAAGGGAGCUGGGGGAUUACCGUGAAGGUUCUAAUAAAAAGGUUAUUGGAUAUUUUAAGGAAAUUAAAGUGGCAAUUGAGGAGUUCGUCAAAGGAGAUGUAGACACUCUGUUCACCACCAACAUCAAAACGGUCCAGGAUUACGUUGCCGGGUUGGGUGAUUUCGUGAAACAUGAUUUGGAGAAGUUGAGAACGACCAUCAAUAAUAAGUUGGCGGAACAUGCGACGGCUUACGUCAAAAAAGCUACGAUAGCCAUAGAGGAGCUUGAACAGGCGUAUAAGGAGAAGUUGUGGGAUAUGAAACUGGAUGUGGAGAAAGUUGAUCCGGCGAUUGAAAAACUUUGCAGCGCAAUCGGUACUGAUGGAGCUGUGUGUAAAAAAACUAUAAAGGAAGCGGUAAACAAAAUUAGUGGCGAAGCUGUAAAAUUGCUGAAUGGUCAUAACAAUAAUAGAGAAGGCCUCGGGGGAAUAGCUAGUGCAGUUGAGGCGUAUGGUAAGAACUUCACUAAGCAACAUUUCGAAAAUAAAGUUUUGGGAGGGUGGAUUGAGAGUAUUUUAAUUAAAGAUAAGAAGAUUGAUCAACAUAUUCAGCAAAGUCAACGUGAUUACAAGUUGGCGAAUAAGUUUAAUAUUGGAUUUGAUAAUGUGGAUGCCAUUCGCCGCCAAAUCAUCGCUGCCAUUAAAUCGGAGUUUAAUGCAGAAAUUGGCAAAGUCAAUCUUAUUAUUGAUGAACGGGAUGACAGCAAAACGGUGCUGCAGAAAGUCGUGUCUUGUAUCAAUGAAUUUGUUAGAGGGCUUGAUGCUAAACUGUUAUCCGAAGUCAUUACGGAUGUGGCCGAAAAAAUAGCCAAGAACGUUGAGAGAAACAUUUUGCAAUCAGCACACUAUAAACCAUUGGAAAUUAGCAAUCCAAACCUUGGGAUAGCCGUCGAAUAUACCCUUCCCGCUCUCUACGCUACCGCCAGGCAAGCUGCAAAUAUGGUGGAAAUAUUGCUGAACGAUUGUAAAUUUAAGAACGUAGAUGAGGCACGAAUUUUGGCUGGUGAACUGUCUAAGAAUCUCAUUGGUGCUCCGGCCAGCGACCUUGACAAAGCCAUUCAUGCUGUCAAAACUCAUGUUAACAAAAUGACUAAGGAUAGUGCAGCGAGUGGCAGAAUUAUUGUGAAUCUCGAAAAAAAAUAUAACUUUAAUUAUAGGAAAAACGUAUUAACAACGGCGAUCAGAACUGGGGUAGACCUUACCGAUGAUCUUGUGUCGAAGGUUCGGGAAGCAUUUGGUCAAAAAGGCGGGGGUUGGGACUUAGCUGCGAAGAUUGGCGAAGAUCUAAGUCACCUUAUGCCAUCAUUGUACGCCGCCAAUACAGCGCUCACAAAUGCGGCAAAGUUCAUUGACAGCCACAUUAGUGGGCUCAAAACAAUUCCCUCAACCGUAGUUAGCAAAACCAGUGAUGCUGUAGAGCUGUUAAAUAAGUUGAAGGAAACACUCAAAUGGCAAUUGAAUAACAUCGCUGUCACUGUGAGAGACGCCAACGAAACUUUAGACACCGCCAUUGAAAAACUGAAAACAGCCGUCCUCUCCUCCCGCCAGGCCCUUCAGGGUGCAAUCACCAGCGUCCAAAACGAUCUUACCGAAUCCGUGAAAAAGUCCAUCGAGAUACUGACCCAGGAGGUGAGGAGUCUGUUUGCCAAGGGGCAUGAAGCAGACUUGGCAGCGCUCCGGAAAUUAGUUGACACACAGCUUGGCAACAUUUUCACGAUCAUUCAAGAAGAUCGUAACACCGCAAUUAAGGGUAUGUUGCAAAAAAUCAAAGACGGAUUUAUGGUUCCAAUUGAAGACUUUUACCCAAGGGCGUCUCCACCUCCAAAGUCACUGGAACAGAAGAAACUCCACGAGUUAGCAGAAAGAGUAAAACAAUCCUUUGCCAAUUUUUUUGAUGCAUUGCGCACCCAAAAAGGCUUCACCUUCGACUUCGACAAAAUCUCCUCCCCCAACGACGCUCUCAACAAGCUGCUCAAGGACCUUGCAGAUUCACAGCACUUCGACCACGGAUUUACAAAAAACCUGCAAAGGCUUAAGUACCGACUUGGCCAAUUCACUCCGGAGAAAUUCGGCGAUGGUGAGAGUCCGUCAGUUUUGGAAGCGCUGAGAAGGGGGUACCCGGCGCUGGUGGGUGAGCUGGAAAAGGCGUACGUGAACGUGUAUGACGGUGCCGAUAGCAUUGUUUGGUCACAAAAAACAAAUAAUAAAGACUACCCGUCCGAAGACUCCGCGAAAUGCGCUAAAGUGUGCCUGUCGCUGCUCUCCAUCCUGUAUUCCGAGUUCAAGACUAUACUGAAGUACUGCGUUGCAAGGUGUAAAAGCGAUCAAAUAAACAUGAACACAGAGCUCGGAAAAUAUUUUGCCACUCAAGGCUACAAAGUUACCGAGGACGGGAAGAAGCACUGGGAGCUGCAGGACAGUAAAGGCAUGAUAGGAUUAUUCAUCUGCAAACGUAUGUUCGGGAAAGAUGAACACCACUUGUAUUACAUUGAUAAAUCCAAGCAAAACGCACUGGAUACACUGCACGACUGUCUCCAGAUAUAUUACCAAGUCUGCCACGUCGCCACCUUCUCUGCGAGGAAACGUCCAUGUAACAUAUUCGAGAUGCUUUGCUGGGUGUCUGGUCUCCCGUGCAAUAACGUGUAUCAAGAUAUGUUGGAUGACGCUAUCAGUGAACUAUUCGUCGAUCCAAGUAAACAGCCCGAAGACGCCGAUGGCAUCCCCGUCACAUAUAUCAGCGACGAACCCCUGGCAGCGUAUCCACAAAACAUAGCGAUGGAUGAUACUCAGCGAGCAGUGAAACGCCUGUGUUCCAGAUCCCACGAUAUUCUCACAACAAUCGCUGGAACCGGGGACGCGUACUCCAUGUACGCCGUUGACUACUCGACCAAUUCGCUGAACUUUCACUACCCAUCCAGGGGCGAAGAUUGCCUCCAGAUGCUAUUGGACAUUCUUCGCAGACUACUACCCUCGCUUAAAUUUUUGCAUACUCAAUGCGGCCUAAGCGCUACAUACCACGGCUGGUCCGGCUGUCAGUACGGCAGAGGAGUCAAACACUCCAAUUGGCAAUGCCGUGAACAUCCUGCUGAGGAGUCGACCGAUUGCCUACCUAGAUCACCGCUGAUGUCGUAUCUUCGCGACUGCCUACCCGGGUGCCUGCCUCACCAGUUGGUUUCAGCGGGAUGUAAGUCCGAAUGUAAAACGUGUCCCAAAAGCCUACCCGGUGCGCCAUGUAUAACACCACUUGGCUUCAGAGGUUUCUCUGGAUACACGAAGACAGGUAAGGACAUAUGUAACGUGCUGACCAAAUUCUUCGACAAUUCGAAUAUUAACAUGCUGUUCGGUCUGCUGCCCAAGCCGCCAUCUACGUUGCCCGAACACUUCCAAUUUGCGUUGACGCUAAGCAGUAUGUUAGAUCAUGGCAAGUCCGCCAGUGAUGAUGUCAGCUUAGCUUUUGAAACAAAAACCAAAGCGCUGUCCAUCGAGCUAUACAAGGAGACAAGCAAACUCACAGGUGCGCUGCAGAAUGCAUAUCGCAACCAAACAGGCCACAACAGCUCGGGCCAUUCCAAAUCCACGGAAGCUGACUUGUGGAGCCUGUCAAGAGAAUCAUGCAAUCUACCUCAUGACAGGGAUAUUCACUGCGCUCCCUACCUCUGCUCCACAUCUUCCGAUGCGUACACGUACCUCGCCAAAAAGCACGCCGAUCUCUACCUGUCAUGGGCUGUAUAUCUGCCGUGGACAUUCUACAGUUACCUGAAAUCGUUGCUCGAUGCGUUCCAGCAGAUUGAUUGUGGAGGCUCCGGUUGUACGAAAUGUUCGUGCAAGCCGGGAAAGCAUGGUGUCGAGUACAGCUGUAAGUGCAACGCAUUGAUAAGCUGUCGUGGAGUGAUGACUACGUUCUACCAAUACGGGUUCACUUUUGGCGACGCAAAAACGCUGUAUGGACCUGACCGAAAAUACUGUCUUAGUUUCAAUACACAACUGAGUAAUCUGCUAAAAUCGCAAUACUUCACCAAAUUAUUUGAGGAAUGUGACAACUUCAUUUGGACCAUCAGAGAGCCGUUCACCUACAUGGUUCUCGCACUCUGGUCACUCUCCCUCUUCUACCUCAUCUGCGUGAUGGUUGGCAGACUGGAUGUGCUCCACAUACGCUCACACCUGAGGAUACCGUCAUCGCACAAAAUAACGGCGCAAUCGCUGUUGGCUGCAGCGCAAGUCGGAAGGCUUGCCAAGAUAUCGUAUCUACAGCCGUAA